CGAAAGUCAGUUGCGUGCGAGCCGCGAGCGCGAGAUCAUCAAACUGAGAAAGUCGGACUGCGACUCGAAACUGAAAUUGAAACUGAAAGAAAGAAAUAUUCAAAUUGUCGUGUGUGUGGGUGCAAGCAGAGAAUAUAUAUCUCAAGAAUAUCUGAAUACAAGCUCCUGGAUUUACGAGCAGCAAAACUAAGUUACCAAUGUGCGAGCCGAAAAAAGCGAGUGAAAAACGUGCGAAUAUGCCAGCUAACUAAAGACAUUUGGAUUACAAGAAACCCACGCAUUUUGGAUUAUAAACAUUGCGACAGGCAGAAAAACCUAAGAAUUUCUUCAACGGCGCCAGCAUGGAGAACUUAACGCAGAAUGUAAACGAAACCAAGGUGGAUUUGGGCCAGGAGAAGGAGAAGGAGGCGUCGCAGGAGGAGGAGCAUGCCACCGCCGCCAAGGAGACCAUCAUUGACAUUCCCGCCGCGUGCUCCAGUUCCUCCAACUCCUCGUCGUACGACACCGAUUGCAGCACGGCGAGCAGCACCUGCUGCACCCGCCAAGGCGAGCACAUCUACAUGCAACGCGAGGCCAUCCCGGCCACGCCACUUCCGGAGUCGGAGGAUAUCGGCCUGCUGAAGUACGUCCACCGCCAGCACUGGCCCUGGUUCAUCCUAGUGAUCUCCAUCAUUGAGAUUGCCAUCUUCGCCUACGACCGCUACACAAUGCCCGCCCAGAAUUUCGGGCUACCCGUUCCGAUUCCGUCGGAUUCGGUGCUGGUCUAUCGGCCGGACCGGCGUCUGCAGGUGUGGCGCUUCUUUAGCUACAUGUUCCUGCACGCCAACUGGUUCCACCUGGGCUUCAAUAUCGUCAUCCAGCUGUUUUUUGGCAUUCCCCUGGAGGUGAUGCACGGCACGGCCAGGAUCGGCGUGAUCUACAUGGCGGGCGUUUUUGCCGGAUCCCUGGGCACCAGUGUCGUCGACUCGGAGGUCUUCCUGGUGGGCGCCAGCGGUGGCGUCUAUGCCCUGUUGGCCGCACAUCUGGCCAACAUUACACUGAACUAUGCGCACAUGAAGAGCGCAUCCACGCAACUCGGAUCCGUUGUCAUCUUUGUCUCCUGCGAUCUGGGCUAUGCUCUCUACACCCAAUACUUCGAUGGAAGCGCCUUCGCCAAGGGUCCCCAGGUGUCGUACAUUGCCCACCUGACGGGAGCCCUGGCAGGACUAACGAUCGGCUUUCUGGUGCUAAAGAACUUCGGUCACCGAGAGUACGAGCAGCUCAUCUGGUGGCUAGCGUUGGGCGUCUACUGUGCCUUCACCGUCUUCGCCAUCGUUUUCAACCUGAUCAACACGGUGACCGCUCAGCUGAUGGAGGAGCAGGGUGAGGUGAUUACCCAGCAUCUGUUGCACGACCUGGGAGUGUCCUAAGUUUGAGGUUCGGAGUCGUCAGCAUGCUCGCAGGGAUUCGGAAUCUGCUUGAGCUUCAGGAGAGAUCGAGAGACAGAGAGUUGGUGGAAAAGAAAAGUUCACUCAACGAUUUAGUUCAAAACUAAUUCGAUAUUCGUUUGGCUUUUGCUUUUCGUUAGCAUUAUCUCGUUAUCGUUACCGUUUGCAGUUAAACGUUUCAGUUCCGAAACAUAGUACACAAACUCAAAAAAAAAAAAAACAAAUCAAGAGAAAUACACUGGACAAAAAGAAAGUGCGAGGAGUGAGGAGAACAUAAACCGAAGCCGAAACGUGUAAACAAAUGUUGUGAUAGAACCAAAGACUGAAUUUAUUUCGCGUGUAAAAACCAAGUAAAAAUCAAGAGGAAAAUCAAAGAGGAGAAACAGAACUAAUCGCCUCUCGCUAUGAUUUAAAUGAUUUAUCCAUGUUUUCAAUUAAUGGUUUGUCUGUUUUCUUAAAUUAUGUAUUUAUUGGCCGCAAUUACUACGAAUGAAUCGAAUCGAAGCAUCAGCAAACUGUAUCAAAUUGUUUAUACAUCCAUAAGCAUAAUGUGCUCCGAAUUGUAGGAUUUAGUGUUAUAAUUUAUAUAUAUUUAGGUAUAACUAGCCCUCCUAACAAAUUGUUUCAAAUUGUAAAUACUAUUAAGUCGCACACUAGUCAAACAACAACAACAGCAACAGCAAAAACAACAAAAAAAAUAUGGAAAACCACAGCAAAGAACCAUUCAAUUCAGAUCAAUUAAGCAAAUCGAGUUAAAUUAAAUUAAAUUAUACUAAAGUCACUUAAUGCGUUACAAAAUCGAGCAUCGUAAUCCCCUACACACACACACACACACACACACUCGAAAGUAUUACUAAUUAUAUUUAUUUAUGGUAGGGCAGCGAGGGUUUAUUAAUUCGUCAAUUGAGCGAACUAUUUAUUUAUUUAUUUAUUUAAUAAUUUAGUGAAAUUCACACAAACAAGCACGAAAAAACAACAACAACACAAGAGAGAGAAGAAACAAACCAAUUCAACUGUAAAAAUAUCCAAUUGAAAAAUACACACGAAAAGCCAAAGAAAAUAAAAAAUCAAAACAUUUCAAGAAUACAACAGUAAUAACAAAAUACAAGCAAAAGCGUUUUCAUUUCCCAUUUUGUAUUUUUAUUUUACUUUCAGUUUUUGGCUGUCGGCUCGCUUGGUUUUAAUUCCCACAAUUUAAGGGCAAUAAAUAAUCGAGCCAGCAGAUUAUCAAGAUACUUGACAUAUUGACCGAUACACAUAUAUAUAUACAUAUAUAUAUAUAUAUAUCGUACGCAAAUAGAGAAAUAUUCAAAGUAAUCGCCGAAUGAAAACAGCUAAUCUGGCAUAAAGGCCAGCAAAGCGUAAGCCAAAAUAGAAUCCUUUUGGGCCACAAAACCCCAAGAUAGCAUACUCGAUUUUCCAAAAUAAUGGAUCCACACUCCACCCGAUGAAAAAAAAAAAACAAAACAAAAAAAUAAAAUAAAACAAACUAGGAAACGGAAAUGUUCAGCACGAGACAAGGGACAGAAGAAAUGCAAAUAGCAAAAAAUUAUAGAUAAAUAAAUAAGGAGAG